CGAAGCGGAGUAUGUAGCCGCCGGUAGUUGUUGUGCUCAAAUCCUUUGGAUGAAGCAACAACUCGUGGACUAUGGCCUUAGUAUCAAUCACGUUCCUCUUCGUUGUGAUAAUACUAGCGCCAUAGGCUUGACGAAGAACCCCGUUCUUCACUCAAGGACGAAACACAUUGACAUUAGGCAUCAUUUCAUUAGAGAUCAUGUUCUCAAAGGUGAUGUCGAAAUUGAGUUUGGUGAAACACACAACCAAUUAGCCGACAUUUUCACAAAACCUUUAGAGAAAGAGUCGUUCUUCCGCAUUCGAAGUGAACUCGGAAUCCUUGACUCCACGAUGAUCUAAGUUGUGCAUCUAAAUUUUUUAAACAUUUACUAACUUGAGCGUCGGAGAACUUUUUCUUUUUUGCAGGUACCCCGUUCAUGAAAUCAGGGGGAACCAUACAAACAGUGUUGUCCAGGAGACACAACAGCGCUGUUGAGGGAAACACCGUCAACCAGAAAGUUUUCCAACAGCGCUGUCCAUCAAGCCAACAGCGCUGUCCCAGGAAGUCCCUUCAAUCUUCACUUUCCAGAAACUUUUUGAACAUCGAUGUUUCCUUUUAAACAUCGCUGUCUUCCCAAAACUUUUGUUUUCAACCAAAACCAGAAACUUUUUUAACAGCGAUGUCUUACCUUCAACAUCGAUGUCCAUUUUUACAAAUUUUUUUCCAAUCCCAUAACAGCGAUGUAGGAUAACCCAACAGCACUGUCCUAAUGGGUUUACACCCUUACACAAUUCCAGAAACUUUUGGAACAUCGCUGUAGGGUACUUUUCAACAUCGCUGUCCCUUUCACACUUAUUUUAAAAAAAAAUUUAACGCACAACAGCGCUGUUAAGCAUUCUACCAGCGCUAUCUCAACAGCUAUGUCGCCUAUAGAACAUCGUUGUUCAGGUCAAAUUUUUCAAAAAAAAUAUCCGUUGGCAGCAGCAUUAAUUUCUCCAACAGCCAUAUUUUUGAAAAUCUGGACGUUGGAGACCACCUUUUCUAUAAAUUGGGACCCCCUCUCCUCACUUUUACACACACAAACACAUAUUCCUUCAAUAUCUUCACCUAUUUCAUCCUCUCUACUCUAAUUUUUUGAGAUUUCUUCACUAUGGGCAAAGACAAGAGCAGGGCAGGCACUUCCGGGAAAUCAAAGUCCAAAUCCCGGGCGCCUACAUCAUCCUCCGAGGAGCGCCUCUACUAUGGCGACGGGUCAUACCUUUGGUGGUUGGACAAGAGUGGGCAACUGUCUAGUGUAUGGAGAGAGUUGCAAGGAUUCAGGAUCCAGACUAUUGGACACCACACUCAAAAGCUCAUCCUGAUUUGAUAAUUGAAAAACAUCUUGUGCCAUUUCAUCAAUGAUGUCUAAUGUAAAAACUUGAUUGAGUUGAUCAGGAAACUUCAUUGCUUCAAAAAUGUUAAACUUAAUAACUUCAUUUUCAAAUUCUAAGGACAAAGUUCCUGCAUCA